GUUUUCACUGAGUAUCCCCCAAUGUUUUUUUGUCAUGGCAAGCGGCAUCCAUCCUUUUUAGCAAAAAUCAUUUGGAACCUGUUUUCUUUGCAAUGCCAUGAUAAAGUACUAGACUAGACGGUACGAUUUUGGAGAGAGGCCAAGUCUUGCACAUGAAGGACAGUCUCUAAAACAAUGUUUCUUGGCAAUCAGACUGGUAGUAGAGAUGAAAUCCACCAUGGUCAGUGCUUAGAUUGACCAGUGGCAUUCAUAUGCUCAUUUGGCUCAGCGUUUGAUCAAGGGUCGAUCUUCUUUUCCGAGUGAUCUUCUUCUCAACACAAUGAAGCAAUUCCUCCAAGCGAUCCUGCUUGGUGUCUUCUCUGAUGCCUUCAAGUUUGGGACUGAGCCGGUCGAGGUUCCUGUGGAAGUGGAGAGUUUGAACUUCAGCCUGGCGAACACCCGCUUUGACUUGGCCCUGGCGUUGCCUGUGGUCCUCGUGAACUUGUCGAACUACACGGGGCUUAUCAUGCACCACAAUGAAGCCAUCACCAGUGAUGUCACACACCACUUUGGCGACUUGCUGGCUGAUCUCGAACUGCUCUACGACAAAGUGGAAGGCUUCUACACCAUUUUGCAUCAACACAUGGGAGCGGAUGGUCCCCUCUAUUGCCCCAAACGCCACGCGGGCACCAUCAGGGAGUGCAUCUCAGUCGCAAUGUGUUUGCUGCAAUCGGCCGUGCCUGUGCAUGUGCCGCUCUACGUCUAUGCCUCCUACUUGGAGCAGGUGGCGCGUUUCGACGACCUCACCGCUACUUUGCUACAGAUGUCUUUGAUGCAGGAGGAGAAUUCGACCGCCAUGAAUGAGCCUUUGAUGCCCAUCCCAGAGGAGUACGUGUGCAGUAGUGACGAAGAUGUCGACUUGGCCUUGCUUCAGUAUCAGACCUCGACCAUGGCCACUUCGGUCGCUUUCAGAAAGGCAUUGACUUCUUCUCAUCGCAUCUUGAAUGAACAUGAAUCCAAUAGCUCAAUGGUGCACACAGAGCAACAACUAGAAAGUGCAUGGCAACCAGUUUGUCACUUGAUGGGUUGUGACCACACCCGUUUUUGGGAUGUCUACUUCAGCUCUCAUGAGCACAGCACGUCUCUUUUGGAUUCAAGCCUUCCUCGCGCAGCCGUCCUGACAGCUUUGAAAGCUGAAGUGACUUCUCGUGUGAAGCUGGAGAACAAGAUGCAACGCUUUGUGAGGGUUUAUCAAUCUGCUUUCUUCGGUUUCUUCAAUGGACACAAAGACGUCUCCGAAAAGAGCUUCCAUGGUUAUCACGAGCGAAACAAGCAGGCUACGCAUGGCUUCGUAGCUUCUGCAAUGAAGUCCGUGGCCGAAUUGGAUGCUGCCCAUGCCAUGAGCAUCCUUGGCACCGAGCUGUUUGUGAAGUACGCCCAAUCAGUGCAGACCUCAGCAAACCUGGGCGGCCGCCGCCGCCGCAGAAAAGGGUUCGGAAAAUGGGCCAAGAAGAAGGCUAAGCAAACGAAAAGCGUGGCCAAGAAGGGGAUCGAUGCGGCCGAAACUCAUGUGGUCGACAACGCGGUGAAGUAUGGUCAGAAGGCGGUGGAUGCCGUGAAGAAUAUGGACGCAGGUGUUCCGGCUGAGGUGUGGAACAAGAUCCCUGGCCCUAUCAAGGAUGAUUUGGAAAAGUACGCAGCAAAGGCAUGGGAUGCAAUUCCUGAUGAGCUUAUCAACGUCAUCAUGUCACUCCUCCGUUGCUUCGGAUCAACGAACGUUUUCGGGGGCGCCGGCUAUUCUGUCACUUCAGGACCAGUUUCCGGCACCAUCGGUUUGGCCGUUGGAGCCUCUUGGGUGAACAAGAUGCAGUGGAAAGACCUGAUCGGAAUGGAUCCUGCAAAGGUUGCCCAACAUCUUGCUGGUAAGCCAAUGCCUGAUGAUACCUUUGUGAUCCCGUUCAAAGCUCUGAUUGAAGGGCAAAAGUUUCCCUCCGUUUGGCUUUCCCUCUUCAUCAGUCUGACCAUCGGCCCCUCUGUUGGCAAAGGCGCUGGCUUGUGGGGUGGAGUGAGCUUCGCUGCAAGCGUCUCUUGUGGGGUGGAUACCAAAACCAUGCAUUCAAACUCUGAUGACUCUGACCUGACCCAGAAUUCCCUGUUCCGGCCGGACAAGUACGGCUCCUGUUCCGGGACUCUUUCGGCCAGUGUUUCAAGCACUGGAUGGGUGUCUUUGGCAAAGCAGAAGGACCCGAUCCCUCCUUGCCCUGCUGGAGGACAGUUGGGACCUUCCACCUGCAGUGUCUAUGCCGGUGCCAGUCUGACAGUCAUGUGUUGCUGGAUGGAUUUCAUCACCAAGGCCAACAAUUGCCGCUGAGACUUCACCCAGCAAGUUUACGGGGUCAGCAGUCCAAACAUCAGUUUUAGUCAUAUUCUGCGAACACAUACACUGCGGCCCUUCCAUUUUGACUCAGUGUCCAAUGCGGACGCUGUGAUGGAUGGACCAAUCAUCGCUUUGGAGAAGGCUGCU